AUGUACUUAAUUAUACGGCUACAAUUAAAUGGCUCUGUAUCACAAGCUACAAAGAGUACUGUGCCUCUGGAAGAAGAACGAAAGAUCAGCGAGUACAUCGUUCAAAUUCUCGACCAUUUCAAAGAGCCAGACCCCGUUGGACUUCCCGGUGCAAAGAUACCCGAUCCGUACCACGUCCCAGACCUGAAGAAAUAUUUGGCCCUCGGAGGAUCGAUAGCGUUUAAAAACACCGCUAUCUAUGGAAUCAGCAAAUUCCGGAUUUUAUAUGUUAGUGUUGAAGCCAGUAAAAUGAAGGCUACAGCAGCUAUACAAGUUGACAAGAUACACGCUAGAGGAAAUUAUGUUCUAAAGACCUGGUUAAAAACUUAUCCCGGUAAAUACACAUCUGAUGUGAAAGGGAUAAAAGCUGUAGCUACAGCCACCCUUGGAGUAGAUACGAAUGGGAAAAUACGAGCGCAAAACAUUUCCAUGGACAUCGGUUUUACCAACAUAGAAGUUCAAUUCGAAAAUUCUGGAAUACUAGCCUUUGUUCUCCAAGGACUAUUCAAUUCUCUCGGCACGUUCUUAUUUGACAGCAUCAAGCCAUACAUCCUUGAAGAUGCAUAUAAGAAAGUGACUGAAGAAAUAAACAAUAAUCUUGACGGUGUCACAGGAGACUUUCAGUUUGCUAAUUCGAUAUCACCGAUUGAUAUGGUCAUGAUCAACGCAAGGAACAAGAUCAUUGCUGUCGGAAAGGAUCCCAUGAAAGUGAAAAACUAUAAUACCACAGUGAGCAUAUUUAACAUAGCCUUAACAGAAACUUGUCUUACUGGAAUAUCUACAUUUUAUCGCUUUGGAAACAUUACAUUGAUGAUGGAAAAUAACACAUUAAUAGUAGAUUUUUAUCUCAGUACUCAAGAGAUUCAAGGCUCUACAAAUUGGGAAAUAUCAACAUUUAAGAACUUAUUGUCUCAGUUUGGAACUGUCACAUUCACUGUAGAUUAUAUACGAGUGCGAACAAUUUUGGGCCAACCAUUAGAUACUAGAAAGAGUCCUCAAUUUAGGAAAUUAGACAUUGAGCUCGGAAACAUACAAAUAAGAUUAAAUGGAGCAGGAACAAUAGAUUAUAUUGUAGAGUUCGCAGUAAACAUAUUGCCAAAUCUUUUAAGGAAUCAAAUUGUUAAGUCCAUCGAAGACCCAAUUCGAGGCAAAGUCCAAGAGGAGCUUAAUGAAAUCAUUAUAGAGGAUAUCAUCAAGGAUUUUUUGCCACUUUUAGAUCAGUUACAAUUGAAAGGAUUGAAAUUAAGCAAACUCUUUCCAGAAAAGGAUGAAGUGAGAUACGAUGAUGAUGACUUUUUCAAUUUUUAA